AUCAGCCUUCCAUUCGAACCAGGGGUGUGCGCGUGAACAAGGGGGCUGACAUUGGAGCGUCUGUGAUGGGACUAGAGGAGGAGAGAAGGCUUGGACUGCCAGUACUGCGCUAGCCGAGUGUAGAGCAGCAACACCCACCCGCGGACCUUCACCCGCCACCAACACCAGAUCACAGCGACCAUCAGCUGCUCAGGGGAGCCGACCUCUGCGCACCCACCGGCCACAAGCACGACAAGACCCCCACGAGAAGAACAUCAUUGUGGGAAUUACAAACCGGCUGUGACAGUGUGACAGCUCGUGGAAUCAGAUGACCUCGUUUUUUUUGUCCUAGGAGUUCAAAUUAUAUAUUUAAAAAAAACAAACCUUAGCGCCUUUACCAAAGGUUUUUUUUCUUCUGCAAGUGUACUUAGGACUCCGCGCAAACUUCCCAGAGACAGAAGUGUUUACGUUUCAGUUUUCUUAGUCGCUCGUUGUGGUAUUUUGAUGUCAGCGUUGUCAGACUAACCGGAGCGGGGUUAUCUGUAGAGGGCUAUGGACGCAGGUUUGGCCAAUAAUGCAUCCGGUGUAUGACCAGAGCAAUCUCUGUCAUCCCCUCUGACAACCGGCGGAUUUCCGUUUAAUCUGUGGACUUGAGAAGGUGUAUUUUCGAGUGGACGUCUUGAGCCGAUCCUCUCGACUUUUGGAGCACUAUCAAGACAUCAUUUGGCCAGAAUUGACGAGACAAGCGAUCACUCUUCCAUCAACAUGAGACACAUACCAUCCCCACUCAGUUAUCUGAUUCUACACUUAUUCGCCUUUUGCUAUUACGCACAGGUAACCAAUCAGUCCCCGCCUAAUUUCACGCAGCAUGUGAGCGAGCAGAGCCAGGUGACGGACCGCGUGAGCCGCAGGUUGAUUCGGACCUACCAGCUCUACAGCCGCACCAGCGGGAAGCACGUGCAGGUGCUGCCCAGCAAGAAGAUCAACGCCAUGGCGGACGACGGGGACGUGCACGCUAAGCUCAUCGUGGAGACGGACACGUUUGGCAGCCGUGUGCGGAUCAAGGGCGCGGAGACGGGAUUCUACAUCUGCAUGAACAAGAAGGGAAAGCUUGUCGGCAAGAAAAACGGGCAGGGCCGAGACUGCAUCUUCUCAGAGAUCAUGCUGGAGAACAACUACACGGCCCUGAGGAACGCACGCUACGAGAACUGGUACAUGGCGUUCACACGCCGCGGCCGCCCGCGCAAGGGCUCGCGGACGCGCCAGCACCAGCGCGAGGUCCACUUCAUGAAGAGGCUCCCAAAGGGGGCGCAGCCCGCCCAGCCGGCCCACCACCGCUCCUUCGACUUCCUCCACUACCCCUUCAGCCGAAGGACUAAACGCACGCACUACUCGGCCGACCAGUAGGGGGCGACGGAGCGGACGCUGGGGCAGAUUGAGGAACUUUUUUGGGGGGGGAGAAGGAGAAUAAACGUGACUUUGAAUCGAAGAGGGAAUUAUGCCCGAUGGCUCUUCGUGGCUCGCUCUCUCUCUCUCUCUCUAUCCUCCAUGACCUCCACAGACUUGAGUUUUUUUAUACGGAACAUUACCAUAUCUUUAUGUAGGUUUUUUCUAUUUUCUCAAAUUAAGACUUAAACGCUGUAAAAAAAAAAGAAGAAAACACACAAGCAAGAAAUCUAUUUUUGUACUCCAGACUUUUAGUACUGACCUGUGUAAAAAAAAAUGCAGAUCCUAAAAAUAUGUUUAUUUUUAGGUGCACAUAACUUACGUCUGACCAAUGAGAGAAGCGGAUGUCUUAGUAGAAUGUUGAUGUUCUGAGUCAUUUUUUUUUAACAUUGUCCUUUCUCUUAGUCUUUUUUUGGGACUCUUGCCUGCUGCUUAAUCAGACUUGAAGGGUGCUGGCGGACACGCACAGACAGACACACCCAUGCACACAAAAACACACACAUUCAUGUUCGCACACUCACACACACACAC